AUGGUUGUCUAUUCAGUGAUGGUUGCAUGAACAUCUAUAACCGGAUGGGUUAUCUACUCAAAUGGAGGAGAUGGAGACCAAUGGUUGGAUCCAGAGGAGCCAACUCCUUUCUCUACGAUAAUCUCGAUAGGAAAUCUCGGUGUAUCUUCUAACGAAUACAACUCGUCCAAGGUGUACAUAAUAUGUGCCUUGAACACUGUAGCAAUGGUUAUCAUCUAUAUUCUCAAUAUUGCUUACAAGCCAUUACAGCUGAAAGUCAUUGAGAAGGUGGAUGAGAUCAAUAUAUCGCCAGCAGAUUUCGCUGUGAUGGUGUCCAACAUCCCGAAGGAUAAAAAUAAAGAGCAGAUCAUGGAAUGGCUCAUUUCUCAGGAAGAAGGCAAAAUUUGUGAUAUCAACUUGUGCUAUGACAUCAAGGAGCCAAUUCAGAAGCUGAAAAAGGUUGAAAAAUUGAAGAAAAUUGUGACUAAUUAUGAAAAAAUGAAGAGCGGUCUACUUGGACUAGCCACCACAGUUCCUAAGAGCAAAUCUGAGCUCGAGAAAGAAAUUACAGACUUGGAAGAAGAGGUUGAAAAUUUUAAAGAGAAAUUGAAAAGUGAGGAUACUGAUAGGAAUUUCACGGGUAAAGCCUUCGUUAUCUAUAACCAACAAAGUGAUAUUGUUAACAUUACUACUAAGUUUCAUCAAACUUGGAUCAGAAAAGUGUAUGAUUUCUUAAUGAUCUACCUAUGCAAUGGAAAAGAAAAAGUGCAAGAUUCUUGCUGGUGGGACGGCCAGAGAGUUACAGUUGAAAGAUCAGCUGAGCCCACCAAUAUCUACUUCGAGAACAUGGCUGUAGAGGAAAAGACUAGGUUUUACCGUAGCUUUGUCACAUAUUUCUUUGCAUUCUUAUGCUUAUGAUGUGUCUUUUUGAUCAAUUUGUUCUUAUCAUUCCUUCGAGAAGAACUUGGGGGAGCUUCUAAUAAAAAUAAGAGUACUGCAGAAAUUGUGAUCUCUUCGAUUAUAAGCAUUUCAUUUGUAUCAUCUAUUGUCAUUGCUAAUAACAAUUCUGUAUUAGCUAAGGUAGUUAGGUACAUCUCUAAGUAUGAGAGGCAUGAGACAUAUACCAAAUUUAACCUAACUAUUGCUCUGAAAUUAACUGCUUGCAUGUUCAUCAACACAGCAGUGAUUCCUUUUAUUGUAAAGGGUGAUAAGAAAGACUGGUUUGGUCCUGAUGGACUAGCUAAUGAUGCUUUCCUUAUUAUUAUUAUCAUGAACUUCGUAACUCCUACUAUUAAUCUUAUUGGCUUCGGAAAUAUAUUCAGAAUUCUCAGGUUAAAAUAUGAAAAAUGGAGAGGAGAGAAAUCAACAAUGAUACAAAAGGAAGCAAAUAAGUUAUCUGAAGGAGUUGAAUUUGAUAAGCCAUUUUUGUAUGCCAUAACAAUGGUAACAUUUUACAUAACUUGUUUCUUCACACCAAUGAUCCCAAUGCUUCCCAUCAUCUCUCUGCUUGGGAUAGUUUACAAAUAUUUUGUGGAUAGAUACCUCCUACUACGAAGAUGUAGUCUACCACAAGAAAUGUCUGAACAAAUGGCUAUGACUUUUUCUGACUUAGUCCCACUAGGAGUCUUCUUGUAUGCUCUAGGACAAUUUAUAGUAGUCAGCCAGCUAUCUAAUGGAAAGAACAAGCUCCCAUAUUUAGCCUUGGGGCUUUCUGUGAUAGGCUUAUUUGUCCCAUUUAGACAGAUUUUCCAGAAAUCCUUAAGCAGAGUUAAACGCAAUGAUGGUGAAACCUAUGAUAAAAAUAAAUCUAAGUUCAUAACUGAUUAUGACAGAUGAAACCCUGUCACUGAGAAGGAAGCGAAGCUCAAGCAUAUUGAAGAAAUUGGAAAUAUGGGUGCAAAUGAAGAUGCUCUCAGGAAGAAAUACAAGAAAUCUCACAAAGGAAGAAGGGUAGCCCCUGCCAAGAAAAACCUGGAUGAAAUAAUCUCACUUGAUGAAGAGGUCAAGGAUGAGGAUCCUCGCAAAGAAUGGACUGUAGAGAAAAUGAUGGAAGACCCCAAAGAUUCCUCUGGAAACAACAAUUGGAUGAUGAAGCCAUCAUGCCAAAAAUCCUCCUUUGAAAAGUCAGAGAAAGCUUCUGAAAAAGACGAUAUCUCUGCCAUUGUCUCUGAGGUUCUCAACAAAAGUGCUAAAGAAGACGACAUGAUCGUGAAGCAAGUCCUUAAAGAAGAGGAAGAGAAGGAACACCAAAUAAGGCAGCAAGAGAAACUGCACCAAAGAAGACAGCAAGAAGAGAAGGAAAAACAAGACCAAAUGCAUGAAAAGAUGAUUGAGGAAGAAAUUGGGAAUAUCCAGGAGAAGAAGGAAAGUGAUAGUAGUGGUCGCCUGAAGAGCCUUGACCAGGCCACUAUUGAAGGACAUGAAGAUAAAGAAGAUAUGGUAGACUCCCUUAAUGAGAGCCAUAGUGCUAACCAGAAAUCUGAAGGGCUUAGUGAAGAAAAACCUCAGAGAAAGAUAGCAUGGAGGGUUGGAGAAGUCAAAAUUGGAGCUCAAAAAUCUGAUUCUACACCUGAGAGUUAAAUCUACAGCCAUGUUUGAAAGCCGUUGAGAGAGGGUCUUUACUUGAGGCUGAUAAAAAUUCAGAUAUUUAAUUGAUUCAA